AUGUCUAUCCUCAAGAUUCACGCCAGAGAGAUCUUCGACUCCCGUGGAAAUCCCACCGUUGAGGUCGAUCUUUACACCGCCAAAGGGCUCUUCAGAGCUGCUGUGCCCAGUGGUGCCUCCACUGGGAUCUAUGAGGCCCUGGAGCUCCGGGACAAUGAUAAGACCCGGUAUCUGGGCAAAGGUGUCUCAAAGGCUGUUGAGCACAUCAAUAAAACGAUUGCGCCUGCCCUGGUUAGCAAGAAGGUGGACGUGACGGAACAGGAAAAGAUCGACAAGCUGAUGAUUGAGAUGGAUGGAACUGAGAAUAAAUCAAAAUUUGGUGCAAAUGCCAUUCUGGGCGUGUCCCUCGCUGUGUGCAAGGCCGGAGCUGUUGAGUAG